GCCGUUCACUCGCUCGACCGUCGACGUCGACGGCUCGACCAGGCUCGACUCCCUUCGCGCGGUGAGCUGUCUAUCUGGACCGGACGGACCGACCUCUCGUGCUCUCGUCUCGGUCACUCUCUCCGUUCCUCGGUGUCGAAUGAUCGUGCGACGACUGCGACGUACUUGCUGCUCGCUCGCGAGCAUCUGACGCGAGGCGUAUAUCGUAAUGGCCGCGACUUGAUUUGCAGGCGAAGGCCUACGUGUGGCGACGCGAACAGGCGAAGAACGAGCGUGCGAAGAGAGGAGGUUUGUUGGGUGGAUCGGAUCGGGUGGAAAGCGAGGCCAGACGGGGGACCAUCGAAAUCGUCGUCGUCGGAGCUUCAACACGCGCUCGCUCACUCUCGAGACUCUGGACCUCGAGAGUGAAGGAUAGUCUCGCGCGAAUUGUGCGCGUGAUUCAGCGCUCGCACACAGCCGUGCGUGCGUGCGUGCGUAUCGCGAGAGUGAGUGGGCGAGGCGUGUUCACUCGCUCCGGUUUCCCGCACGCUCCGCCGAGGCUCGAGAAAUAUAUCGUAUCGUCGCGACGAGCUCUCGCUCGCUUGUGCGUGCGUGCGCGCGCGCGCACGUGUGUGUGUGUCCUCCGUGGUGUGCGCCGCGCGCGUGGUGUGUGCGGGAGUGAGUGCGUGCGUGAGUGCGUGAGGUUGCACUCCGGAUAGCAGCCAGCAGCAGCAGCAGCAUCGACAGCAGUGAGCAGCAGCGGCGGAGCGGCGGCGGCGGUGCGUCGAUCGGUGGCACCGCGGAUCGGCACCGCGAUGAGCGACGACAGGAGCGAGGACGAUCCGAUCAUGGACUUCUGGUACAGCAAUUGGGAGCAGCAGUGCGUCGAGGCGCUCGAGUCCGAGCCCGAUUACGAGAAUCAGCUGCACAACGAGAAGGAGCUCUACUCGCAGCAGAUGUGGACGAAAUUCCAGACGACCGCGUCAGCCAUCGCCCAGUUGUACAAAGACCGCACGCUGGGUGUAUCGCUGUGGGUGCCCUUUCAGACGGCCGCUGGUACCGUCACGUCAUUGUACAAAGAUUCAGUGGACUGUAUGAGGCGAUGCAGCGAUUUGGGGGUAGAAAUGGGCAAGCAGAAACGUUGUAAAGAAAUAAUGAACUGGGCUAGGAAAAAAAGACGUACGAUUCGCAGGGAAGAUCUUCUUGCAUAUCUCGCUGGAAAGCCUCCACCUCCACCUCGUCCGCAUCCACACAGAAGUUCACCUAAACCACGUAUGAUGGUGUGUGGCUCCCCGUCGUCUCAAAGUCAAACACCGAGUAUGGUUAUCGCUCCAGCACCGACAACAGGCACUGAUCCAGAUCCUGAGUUACACACAUUUAGGGAAGCAUUGUCGGGUUCUCCAGUGUCUCGACGUGGCGGAAGACAAGCCGAACUGUCGGCCUUUAUUAGCAACGAAUUUGCUCGGCAUCACAAACGGCCUGCUUCGCAUGACGUGGAUAUGGGAUCACCCACGCACAAACGUAUGCGUACUACACUGUAACGGCGCGCGACGCGUACGGUAGCUUUACUCCCUCGUUCCCUGUUAAUUAAUCGACCCGAUUAAUGACUAAUAGCUCAGCUCCCCUACAUAACUCCCGGUUAUGUGUAAUCAUUUGAGGGAAAUGGUAGUGGUUCACACUGCCAGGUAAACACGUUCGUAUGUGUCUCCGAUAGCUUUUACUGCCGAUCUCGAUUUCUAUAACGUUCAAAAUUAACUUAAUCUCAUAAUAGCUGUGUAGAGUGCGUUCGUUUGACGCAUAAAUUUGAAAAUACCUUUAGUGCACAAUAAUAUAUUUACGGGAUAUUCAUUUUGCAUGUAUUGGCAAAAUAAUAUUUCGUUCACGUUCAAAAGUUAUUAUUUCCCCUUGUAUGUGAUUUCAUGAAAAUUUGGAUUUUGUGAAAUCCUAUGCAAUAUAUGUGUAUAUAUGUAUAUGUAAUAAUUACGUACUUCUUGUUUAUUGAUACAUAAAAUCACGGAAGUAAAAGCACACGAACGUGUCUUAACAACUACUGUUUCAAGUGCCCACACAUAAUAAUCGGUCUGACACUACGUGCAAGAAUUUGUAUAUGAGACUGUCAUUUUGUCGAUCUAUAAAUCAAUUUACGAAGAAUUUGUUUAGCCAGAUAUGUGACAUUAUAUUCUAAAUGUUAAGUCUUUGAACGUCAUUACGUAUAUCGAUAUAUGUAUCAAAAUUUAUAACGACUUUAUAACGAUAAGGAUUCGAAUAUUUAUUAAUCAAUAUUAGACCUGUUCGUUUUCGCUGCACUUCUAUUGUCUUUUCUUUACAUUACGUGCGGAAAAUUUUGAAGUUUUCGAGAUAAAACAUCAGAAUAUUUUUGUCUAAAAAUGUGUUGUCUUAAAAUUGAUAGUUAAUUUAUGGUCAGAAUGGGACAGGGAGAAGAUAAUAAGAUAUGAGUACACACAAAUAUUUGUUUUCAUAUUAAAUUGAAAUUCAUCAGAUUGCUCAUUUAAAAUGUUGUUUUUAUUAUAUCGUGAUUGUUUACUCACGUUAAUCCUUUGGACGUUUUUCAAUCAAUAAAAUGGUUGUUUCAUAUCAUGUGGAUGAUAGCCAGUUACGAAGAAAAUAAGAAACGGUAGAAAAUGAUAAUAAUGCGAUAAUAAUAAAUUAAAAAUGCUUUCUAUUUCAAGUCUUAUUUAUCAAUUAUCAAAAUUGAUUUACCAUAUUCUUGUUGAAAUGUCCCUGAAUGUAUAAUAAAUUUGAAUCUAUUAUUGAGUCUUUCGUGUAUAAUAAUAUAUGUAAUUUUCUCGUUUAAAACAUUAUUUUAUACAUUCUUUUUUAUCCUACGUCUAUUGCACUUCAUUGUGUGCAUCAUCGUAAAAUAGGUUGAGAUGAUUAUUGCCCAGAUUGUUCGACUUCUACUUUGUGGUCAAAUUAUCUUAUGUUAAAAAUAUUUAUAGAGUCAAAAUUAUAAGAUUAUGAUAUCAAAGUCUCUCAAAAGGAAAAAGUACUAAAAUAUUUCAUUUCUCAGUUACGAAAAGUGUUAGGCGAGGGCAUAAAAAAUAUUUCUUCAAGAGAUCUCAUUAUGAGUUUUUACCGUGGCAAACCAAACUUUUAGUAUAAGAGUUUCCAGAAGUAAGAUAAAGGGCAAGAUAAAAGGCACACAAACAUGUCUGAUCUGUUAUAAGAAUUCAAUAUCUUAAUAUACUGAGGAAAAAAAGGCGAUAGUAUAAAUUUAGUUUAUCUUUUGUUGAUGCGUAGGCUAGUAAAAGAGAAUUGAUGAAUCAUCAGGAAGAUACCAAGCUUUACAUCCCGAACAAGGUCUGCGUUAAUAUUCUACGAUAAAAAAUGGAUUUAAUAUUCCACAGCUCACAGGAGCGUAAUGUGUUCGCUAUAUAGAACUUACUUAAACGUAGACUUUGUCAGGUGUGAUAAUGACUGCAAUAUAUGUAUAUGUGUAUAUGUGUGUAUAUAAUAUAUAUAUAUAGAUAUGUAUACACAUACAUAUGACGAUGUAUUUUGUAAAAAAGGCGCUUAACAAUUGCGUUUAACGAUUUGUGCCAGAGAGUGAGAGCCUCCUUCCCUAAUGAAGGUGAUGAUUGUAAAUGUACAUUAUUUCUAACUAUGCCUCAUACUACUUCUAUCUGAAUUUUCAAAGAUCUUGCAGAUGAAUUAGUGGAUCGUUAUUUAUCUUAUCGAAUCCACUGAAACUCGAUUUAUACAUACAAAAUCCACAUAUUUGUCUGCAAACCGUUCUUCGAAGAUCAUGUCAGAAGUUGACGUACAUUUUUACUCGUUUCUUUGCAAGAUUGUUCGAGCGUCAUUCAUGAGAGGGGUAAAAAUUGUUAUUCAGUUGUAAAUAUAGCGUAUGCUAAUAACGGUAAACAAUAAACAUAGAUAUAUCGCUAAUAUUAUCAUUAUACUAGUAUUAACUACUAUGCGAUAGCUUUAACAAUAUUUAUCAAUACCGUGCGAUCGGCAGUUUAUAGAAUUAUCGAGGACUCUGCUCUCGAUUUACACAGUUUCCCGGAUGAGAUCGGCGAUGCAGGGUCCGAGAGUAUCGCGCCAGUGAGAACACACUACAACCGUGGAGAAUUUAUUUUUCGCGAGCAAACCACUUAUAUGUCUACUGUACAUGCGAAUUAAACGAUCACGGAAGAAAAGUGUUGCUUUCACGAUGUAAAAAAAAAAAAAAAAGAUCGAUUCAGCAAUUUGUACGUUCGCAUCAACACGUUUCUUCCUUUUCCACUGUCGGAAGUAUCUCCCGUGUAAAUGUCGUUCUUUUCGUAACUAUGAUAUAGAAGAAAGUAAUACAUUACUUAGGUAUUAUCGUAUGCGAAGAUGCCAUACUUAGGUACACUUUAUCCAUAAGCGAGCGCACCAAACUUGGCGAUAUAACGUCGGGGCAACUCUAAACACCGAUCUGUUUUCGUUUCCGUUCUAUGUGUUCGUGGUAUGUCUUCUGACUGCAUAAUCGAAAACGUCCAUCCUUGAUCAUCAUGUCUUUGAGUGAAAUAUCAUCGAGAGUUAUUCUCGAGGGUCACAUUUAUAACUACGAUGGACAUAAGAUGGAAAAUACUACAGAGAGUACUUACUCUCUCAUUCGUAUCUUCUUAUUCUCUUUACUUCCGAGAGUCGCUCUCAAAUGGAGAGAUCAAUGGCAAUUGUGCGCUCCCUUUUUUUCAUUAGCGAGUAAGUAGCUUGAGUACGCGGUUUCGCCGGUAUAAUUGGCACUUUUUCUAUCUUGCAUAAUAGAGCCACCCGUGCGCACGGGACGACACUUGGAGGUCGGUGAAAAAAUUUUCCCACACGCGAGAGGAAGCUUUCCCUUUCUCAUGGGAGAACUAUCUCGUCGGAAAUCUGUGGGCCAUUAUAAGAUUACAUAUAGAUAUAAUGCACAUCGAGAAAAUAUGAAAUUAAAAUGGUUUUGUUGAUUAAGAUAUAACUAAGUUUAGACGAUAUGUUGCGUAAUUUUUAAUUCGUAUUAUAAAUUAUAACAUAUAUUUAAUUCAAAAUUAGAACUCAAUAAUUUGACAAUUCUUACAAAUAAAGUUGGUAAAAAGAGUUAUUUUUUUACUAAAGAUAAAAAUAUCUUUAAAAAGCGAAAUUGAAUUAAAAUAUCAUUUUAUGUUUGAGAUAUUUACGAUAUGUUUAUAUAAAAAUAUAUAAAUGUAUAAUAAUGAUAGGCGAUGAUAGGCGCCUGACAGACGCUUCUAAAAGAAAAAAAUAAAUAAAUAAAAAUACAAUACAUAUUUGAAAAUAUAUCGAAAUCAAGGACCGGUGUAAUAGUGUAUUCAUAGGCUAAAAAGCGGAGGUGAAGAGAGUCAGGAGGAAUCACUUGUAUAUUAUAUUGUUCACUGUUAUAUUGUAUUUGAUACGUUCGUGAUACGCAGGAACGUAUAAACGCGUCUGCAAGACGCGAGGCACCAAAAAAUUUUUUACGAGCGUAUCAUCUUUCCUUUUCUCAUUAUCCCGAUGCACAUUGCUGCAAGUUGCAUUGGUGCACUUUCGCGAGAACGAGUGUACCGUGACAUGAGACUUGCACAAACAUGACGCCUUAGUCGGGCACGACGCGUUCAUGGCAAGGCGUGAAAUGGUGCUGUUACUUUCUUGCGAACAUAAGAAGCUUGUAUAUUUUUGCGCCUCUUGUUUGUAAGAUAAUCAUUUACAAAUAAAUCACGAGAAAAAGAAA